GAAAGAUACUUUGGCCGUCAAGUAACGUUUCUCUCUGUCACUCUCACUUUCUCGAUCAGUGUCUACUUGCUGUCGGAAGCCACUCCACACUGACACCACACUCACUCAUCACUAGCCUCGUGACGUCCGUCACUCACCAUUUUCAUUUUCUCUUAGUUUUGGCCCUUUUAAUUGUAAUCUUUCACCUCUUCUCUCAUUCUGUGGCGUCUCGAUGGCGCUUUCUCGCUCACCAGUCGCUGUUCAUCAAAUGUAAUUUGUAAAUACAACUAAAUUGUUGAUAUCCGAAAUACAAUCAAAUAUAUGAGCAAACUUGUUUUAAGUUAAAGAAUUUGUCUACAUUGCAAAUGAUUACGUAUGAACAAGAUCCAGAUGUUCUUUGGUGGGGUCUCCAACUGUUCGAAAGUGAUCCGUAUUAUAAUUGCGGGUAUGGUGACACUACUUCACCAGAUGAUGUGGACUAUUAUGAUGGACAACAUUUCGGGGAAGAUCAUUAUGACACUGAAUGUUGCAAUGUAGAAUAUGAUGAGCUUAUUGCUCGUGCUCUUCAAGAAGAACUAUCACAACUUGCAGUUGUCGAAGUACCUGAUUCUCCAGGUGGGGAUGAAGAGAACUUGCAAGUACCUGAUUUUCAAGAAGAGUGGCUUAGCCAGUCUGUGACAAACUAUUAUUCUGGCCAGGAGAGUGGCCAGGAAGAGGCAGAUGAUAUACAGCCUUCUAGUUUAUGUUCUACCCCCGAAGAUGAGUCAUACUGUGGAGAGGAGUGGUCAUAUCCAUUAGAGCUGACAGAAGAGUAUGGUCUUGAUAGUGAAGUCGGGAAAAGGUUGAAUCAGAUGGUUCCUGUUCCUCAUGUUCCUAGAAUUAAUGGAGAAAUACCAUCUAUCGAUGAAGCAACUUUGGACCACCAAAGGCUAUUGGAGAGAUUGGAGGUAUAUGAUUUGGUUGAAUGCAAAGUUCAAGGAGAUGGGAAUUGCCAGCACACUGGGUUGAUGACUGUUUUCUUCGGUGAAAAUGGAAGAUCAAAUUUGUGUAGCAAACUAGGUUCUCCCUGUCAUAUGUUUUCUCGCACACUUAAGUCUCAUCUGGAGAUAUAUGAGGGAUAUGUUCCCAUGGCCUAUGGUGACUACUUGGAGAAUGUCCAAGAGUGGUGA